AUGUCUCCACAUUUUUGUCAGUGGGAGAGAUGUGAAGAUAUGGUCACCUCAUGGAUCCUAAAUUCUCUGGCAAAGGACAUUGCUGAUAGUGUUGAGUAUAUGAACGAUUCUGUUGAGCUAUGGAAAGAACUAGAGGAUCGAUGUGACCAGACGAAUAGAGUUAAGUUGUACCAAAUCCAGAAAGAAAUCAAUGAUUUGAGUCAAGGAAUGCUUGAUAUCAUUGGCUACUACACAAUAAUGAAGAAGCUCUGGGAAGAAUUGAACACUCUCAGCAUCAAAACUCAUUGUAGUUGUGUGUGUACCUGUGGGACAAAGGAAAAUAUGCAUAAGGCAGAACAAGAUAGAAGGUUGAUACAAUUUCUAAUGGGACUCAAUGAAGUUUAUACAGUUGUUCGAGGAAGCAUACUCAUGAUGAAUCAUCUGUCAUCCAUGGCACAUGCAUUUGCUCUGUUGAUAUAA